UUCCCGGCACAUGCGUACAGCAGCCCAACUUCUCAGGCGCUCUACGCCCGCAGGGAGCGGCGCACGCGCAGGGCUUCUCGAACGUGGGGCCGCGGCGCUCCGCGAAGCCGGGGCGGCCCUUUUACGGCAGUCAACAGCCAGUUCCAGCUGUGCGAUGCGGCCGCAGCAGGCACCUGUCUCUGGUAAAGUCUUUGUCCAGCGAGAUUACGGUAGCGGCACCCGGUGCCAGUUCCAGACCAAGUUCCCCCUGGAGCUGGAGAACAGGAUCGAUAGGCAGCAGUUUGAAGAGACGGUUCAAACUCUAAACAAUCUUUAUGCAGAAGCUGAGAAGCUUGGGGGCCAAUCUUAUCUUGAAGGUUGUCUGGCCUGUCUGACUGCGUACACUAUCUUUUUGUGUAUGGAGACACAUUAUGAAAAGGUUCUUAAGAAAAUUGCCAAAUACAUUCAGGAACAGAAUGAGAAGAUCUACGCACCCCAAGGCCUCCUCCUGACGGACCCCAUCGAGAGAGGACUAAGAGUUAUUGAAAUUACCAUUUACGAAGACAGAGGACUGAGCAGUGGAAGAUAAAACUAAGGAGUCUAAGCUCCCAGCUAGGUGAUGGACUUGCUGUACCAAAAGGUCCACCUGCCUCCUGUCUAGAGCAUCAUUCCUCUCUGUUGCCAGAUCCAUGGUGCCAUCCACUAAAGGACUAACUUCCUAGACUUCUGCCCCACAUGGGGUGACCCUCUGGCUGGUCAGCAUCCAUUUUGUGUCCUUAUGGCAAGCUUUAAGUGAUGGGAUCAUCUUAAUUUCUAAGGAAAAGACAGUUGAGCUGUUUGCACUUGAAAUUAACUGGUGGAUCAGCCACCUGAGAGCAGUACUGUUCCUGCACAGCCACUCAGGCUUUCCUAUACAUCAGACAGACUUCAGAAAGCAACAAGUCUGACUUGGGGGGGAGGGGGGGAGAGAGAGAGAGAGAGAGAGAGAGAGAGUGUGUGUGUGUGUGUGUGUGUGUUU